GCCAUCCCGAAACCGUAAGACAGUCCAUAGCGGACCACCCCUUGCUGCCCGGAGAUCAGACUGCGGUCUGAUUCCUGGGAGUUUCACUGGGCCUUGAUCGCCGGCGAGUGCCGCUGGGACGAACUUCCCUGGCUGAACAAGGGAUCGCCAGAAGUGCGAGAUGCAAGGCGGGAAGGUGCUGUUCGACAAGUGACGGCUGGCUCCGUCACGGGUGGCGCCUGAACAGGGACCUGAAUACGGGGGACCAUAGUGAAGGACACCGCGGAUCGUGAGCUCGGAUAAGUAAAUUAAGGGCGGUGAAUACACUCGGGAGUAACAAGAUGGGUAUUGGUAAUAGCAGAAUGCUUUUUGAACAUAUGCUUAAAAAUAUGCUUCACGCUCAUGGAGCAAAGUUUUCACUUCUGUCCUACCUACCUCUGCUCCACUAGGAGCAAGAGAAAACUCCCACAAGUUGGCAAGGGAUGGCCUUUCUGACCAGAGUCAAAGUUCCCCUGGUGCCUGUUGAGCGCUGCUUCCCCAUUGGCUCAUGGGAUCCACGCCUUCAGGGUUCUUCCCUUCCUUGCAACUCUGUGAGAAGGCACUUCUCUUGGGAGACCAAGGAUCACCACAGCACCAUGACUGAGUCUAGCAAGCCCGUUCUCUAUUCCUAUUUCCGAAGCUCCUGUUCUUGGAGAGUUCGAAUCGCUUUGGCCUUGAAAGGCAUUGACUAUGAGACAGUGCCCAUCAACCUCAUAAAAGACGGGGGACAACAGUUCUCUGCAGAAUUCCAGACACUGAAUCCCAUGAAGCAGGUGCCAGCCUUGAAGAUUGAUGGAAUCACCAUUGGCCAGUCGCUGGCCAUCAUUGAGUACCUGGAGGAGACUCGGCCCACACCACAACUCUUGCCUCAAGACCCAAAGAAGAGGGCCAAUGUGCGCAUGAUUUCUGACCUCAUCGCUGGUGGCAUCCAGCCCCUGCAGAACCUGUCUGUCCUGAAGCAAGUGGGAACGGAGAACCAGCUGCCCUGGGCUCAGGAAGUCAUCAGUUUUGGCUUUAACGCUCUGGAGCAGAUCCUGCAGAGCACAGCAGGGAAGUUCUGUGUCGGAGAUGAGGUAUCCAUGGCUGAUCUGUGCUUAGUGCCUCAGGUAGCAAAUGCUGAAAGGUUCAAGGUUGAUCUCAAGCCCUACCCUAUCAUUAGUCGCAUCAACAAGACACUGCUGGCCCUGGAGGCCUUCCAGGUGUCUCACCCCUGCCGGCAGCCAGAUACACCUGCUGAGCUGAGGGCCUAGCUCCUGUGAGACCUGAGUGACUCUAUUUUAAAAUUUUGGCCCCAUUUUAGAGUAAGGUGGCCUAGACAUAGAUUUUAGUUCCAAAAAAGCCCACAAGAUACACUUUGGCCACCUGUCUGUGAUAAUGGUCAACAGUCCCCUAGCAACUAGCCUAACAACAGCUAAUUGGUAGCUGCCUCAAUGUCCCAGAUGUUCUUUUCGAUGGCCUACCACAGCUAAUCAGUAGUUACCCCAAUACCCCAGUAUCCCAGAUGUUCUUUUUGAUGACUUGAACAGCCGUUUGCAGUUAAGCACACAAGGCCCAACCAAUUAGGUUUAAACUUUCAAAACUUGCUAAAUGCUAGCCAAUUGUGUGAUCUGCGUGUGAUUUGAAACCCUGCGCCUUUUUAAAACCCCGCGCCUUGCUGUAACCUCUAUAAAAACCCCUGGUGUUUUAGAGUCAGGGCUCUCAACCCUGACCUGCUAUGUCGGUGUCAGAUAAAAGUCCCUGCUCGAGCCUAAAUAAACGACCCUUGUGUGUUUACAUCAAAA